UCUUUUAGUAGGUCGACAGAAGUUUAAGAGAGAGAGAGAGAAAGAGAGAGUAGAGAAAGCCAGCUCUCUUGGAAAGCUUUGGAUGAUUCAAUCAAUCCCACUCCGAUUCAGAUUAGAAAACUAAAAUAAUCUUCCGACAAAGGCAGAGAAUCGGGAGACGAAGCUUCUCUGGUUUCCGAUCUCUGUAGAGAUCCCCGGCGGCGGGUAUGGCGAUUCUCUACGCGCUCGUGGCGAGGGGAUCGGUGGUCCUAGCGGAGUUCAGCGCGACGGCGACCAACGCCAGCGCCAUAGCCAAACAGAUUCUCGGCAAGAUUCCUGGAAAUGACGACAGCCACGUCUCGUAUUCUCAAGAUCGCUACAUCUUCCACGUCAAGCGCACCGAUGGCCUCACUGUUCUCUGUAUGGCCGAAGAGAACGCCGGAAGGAAGAAUUCCAUUCGCGUUUCUCGAAGACAUUCAUCAGAGAUUUGUGAGAACUUAUGGCCGUAGUGUUCACUCAGCUCAAGCUUAUGGUAUGAAUGACGAAUUCUCCAGGGUUUUGAGCCAGCAAAUGGAGUACUACUCCAGCGAUCCCAAUGCAGAUAGGAUGAACAGACUGAAAGGUGAAAUGAAUCAGGUGCGAAAUGUGAUGAUUGAGAACAUCGAUAAGGUGCUGGAGAGAGGCGAUCGCUUGGAGUUGCUGGUAGACAAAACAUCCAAUAUGCAAGGAAACACCUUCCGUUUCAGAAAGCAAGCUCGCCGGUUCAGAAGCACAACAUGGUGGAGAAAUGUGAAGCUGAUGAUUGCUCUGAUAGUCCUUCUCCUAGCGGUUAUAUACGGUGUACUGGCUUUCGUCUGCCAUGGACUUACAUUACCUACUUGCUUGUAGAGAGGGCAACUGUUGAUUGCGACAUUUCGAUUGGCUUUUUGUGUGCUUAUAGUGAAGUCAUUUUUUCUCAUCUCAGUUGCGUGUUGAAAGUUAUAUUUCAGAACUCUUUGGCAUACUUAAGUUUGUUGUUAGAUUUCGGGUUCGCAGCAAUGUGAAGCACUCGAUUGCUUGCUCGCAUGGUCUCUCUUGCUUGCACUGGUUCUGGUUUUGUAUGCUUCGUUUACCUUGUAAUCAUCAAGGAGUGAACUUAAGUGGUUGUUAGCGAUGUAAAAAUCUGUGCUGCAUUU